AUGUGUCGUUAUCCUUCACUUUCCAUCGCACAAAAGAACGGAGCUCCCCAAUCGCAGCAGCAGCAGCCUCCUCCGCCUCAGCAGCAGCAGCAGCAGCCUGGUGGACCGCCGCCUCCUGGUCAGAACGAUCCUUCGAGAGGCGGUCCUCCGCCUCCUCCGAAUGUUGGAGGUCCGCCGAUUUCUCUUCAGCAGGGGCCUCCUCCAAUGGCCCCUCAGCAGCAGCAGGGACAGGGGCCACCUCCGGGGCCUGGACAGGGACCUGGGCCUGGUCAGGGGCCGCCUCCUAUGCCUAUGAUGAUGAAUCAGGGUCCGCCACAGAUGCCUGGUCAACCUCCAAACAGCCACCAGCCUCAAAUGAUGCAACCAGGAAUGCCUCCUCAGCAAAGAAUGAUGGGACCCCAUCAGCCGAUGGGACCAGGUCAACAACAGAUGGCUCCUGGACAACCUGGUGCACAACCUGUGGGACCUCCGACACAGAAACAGAACAGGAUCACCACUCUCGCUAAACCUGUCGGGCUGGACCCUGUUUUGCUGCUGCAGGAGAGGGAAAACAGAGUUGCUGCUCGCAUAGCUCAUAGGAUUCAGGUUUUGAGCAACUUGCCGACUACUAUGCCAGAAGAUUUGCGUCUACAAGCUCAAAUCGAGCUUCAAGCUUUACGUGUCAUCAAUUUCCAAAGGCAGUUGCGUAGUGAGGUUAAUAUGUGUACAAGACGUGACACGAUGCUGGAAACUGCUGUUAAUGUUAAAUCUUACAAAGAACCAAACGUCAAGGUCUACGUGAAGCCAGAGCCACUGAAAAGUUGGAAAACAACAAAAAAUGGAAGCCGAAGAAAACGAAGGCAGAAACAUCAAGAAUUUCUUUCUUGCGUAUUACAACAUGGCAAAGAUUUCAAAGAAUUCCAUCGUAACAAUGUUGCAAAGUUGGGUCGUCUCAACAAAGCUGUUAUGAAUUAUCAUGCUAAUGCUGAACGUGAACAAAAGAAGGAACAGGAACGUAUCGAGAAAGAACGUAUGCGCAG